AUGGGUACCAGGCAGUUGGCCAAUUUGCAAGAGUAUUGGUCGAGGAAUAAUGUCAGCUACAUUCCUUUUUAUUCAGAAACAUUUACGAGAGAUAGAUUCAGUCAGAUAUUCUGGAUGCUUCACUUGAAAACUAUUUCAACAGAUAAUACUAACCCGAGAACACGUUUGCAACGAGUAAGUGGCUUUCUGGAUUACAUCAAUUCUAAAUUCUUGUAUUACUUUAUACCAGGAGAACAAAUUUGUGUGGAUGGGUCCACUAUAAAAUUCAAAGGUCGAAUUUCAUUUAUUAGAUAUAAUCCAAAAAAACCAACCAAAUGGGGAAUCAGAGUUUAUACUCUAGCUGAUUCAAAUACUGGCUAUAUUUGUGGUAUUCUACCCUAUUAUGGAUAUUUCACAACAGAACAAUUGGUGAGACAUGAUCUACCAGUUUCCACGAGAAUUCCGAUACGCCUUUAUAAAAUGUUAUUAGACAAAAUUCCUGGUGCUCUGGGGCACCAUAUGUUUACGGAUCGAUACUAUACAAGUUACAUCUUGGCUCAAGAAUUAGCCAAACUGAAAUGCCAUUUCACCGGGACGAUCCUAACAAAUAGAAAGGAAUUACCAAACAAAAUAAAAAAACCAAAAUUCUUUAAAAAAUCCACGGAAGCUUUUCGAAGAGGUAACACUCUACUUUUAGCAUGGAAAGAUAAAAGGACCGUCACUUGUUUGAUCACUAGGGAUAACGCAGGAAUGACUACCGUAAAAAGGAUUGUACGAAGUGGUGUGGAAGUCAACAUCAAGAAACCUAAUAUUAUAGUAAAUUACAUAAAAUAUAUGGGUGGCGUUGAUCGAGCAGUCAAGCAUGGAGGAGGCGGUAUUUUAGUUUGGGGAUGCAUCAGUACUUCAGGAGUCGAAAAUUUACAAUUUAUUGAUACUAUAAUGGAUCAACAUGUUUAUUUGGAUAUAUUAGUGUGGGAGGCGAAAUUAGAUGAACGGCCGUUGAAUUAA